GCCGCCAUGCCGGGGCCACGGACCCUCGCCAACCUGGCGGAGUUCUUCUGCAGGGACGGCUUCAGCCGCAUCCACGAGAUCCAGGGAGGGCGAACAGUGGCUCAAGAUGAGAAGCAUAUUAAGACAAAGAAUUCUGAAACCGAAAGAUGUCGCCAUUUAUUCUGGAGAAGUCAACCAAGUUAUUGCUGACUUAAUUAAAAGAAUCUACCUCCUCAGGAGCCAGGCAGGAGAUGGAGAAACCGUGACCAAUGUCAAUGAUCUUUUCUUCAAAUAUUCAAUGGAAGGAGUGGCCACCAUCCUUUAUGAGAGUCGUUUGGGCUGCCUGGAAAACAGCAUCCCACAGCUGACUGUGGAAUACAUCGAGGCCCUGGAGCUCAUGUUUAGCAUGUUCAAGACCUCCAUGUAUGCAGGCGCCAUCCCCAGAUGGCUUCGCCCCUUCAUCCCAAAGCCCUGGCGGGAAUUCUGCAGGUCCUGGGAUGGACUCUUCAAAUUCAGCCAAAUUCAUGUUGACAACAAGUUGAGGGACAUACAGUACCAAAUGGACCGAGGCCGGAGGGUGAGCGGGGGACUUCUCACAUACCUCUUCCUUAGCCAGGCGCUGACGCUGCAGGAGAUCUACGCCAACGUGACUGAGAUGCUGCUGGCCGGCGUCGACACGACGUCCUUCACCUUGUCCUGGACGGUGUACCUCCUGGCAAGGCACCCAGAAGUGCAGCAGACGGUGUACCGGGAGAUCGUCAAGAAUUUAGGGGAAAGGCAUGUUCCAACUGCAGCUGAUGUCCCCAAGGUCCCGCUGGUCAGAGCUCUCCUUAAGGAAACCCUGAGGCUGUUUCCAGUGCUGCCAGGGAAUGGCCGGGUCACCCAGGAAGACCUGGUUAUUGGCGGGUAUCUGAUUCCGAAAGGCACCCAGCUGGCCCUUUGCCACUAUGCCACAUCGUACCAGGAUGAGAACUUCCCUCGGGCCAAGGAGUUCCGGCCUGAGCGCUGGCUGCGGAAAGGAGACUUAGAUAGAGUUGACAAUUUCGGAUCCAUCCCCUUUGGUCAUGGGGUUCGCAGCUGCAUAGGGCGGAGAAUUGCAGAACUGGAGAUUCACCUUGUCGUGAUCCAGUUGCUUCAACAUUUUGAGAUCAAAACAUCUUCUCAGACCAAAGCUGUUCACGCAAAAACCCAUGGGCUCCUGACACCAGGGGGGCCCAUCCACGUGCGAUUUGUUAACAGAAAGUAAGCCUGGAUUUUAAACCUGGACUCGCCAACACACAGUGGGUAUUUGUGUGUCGCUGACCACCGUGGAGAAGGAAAGCAGUGUCGCUAGGGGCUGUCUGGUUAUAGACUAGCCUCCCAGGUCCUGGGACACUUGUAAAUCUUUAUGCAAAGUAAUGUAAAAAGUUGCUAUUUUACUGGUGCGUACCAGAAGUUGCCCUUUCUUUGGGGGAAACAGCUGUUGAAAAACCAGUGGCACUGAAUUUUUAUGCUUCAUACAUUGUGCUAGCCUCAAUAUUUAAUGACUGGCAGUAUCCUAUGCAUUUACUUGUACAGGGAAAUGGUGGUUUACUUAUAAAUUCAGUUCUUCAAUAUGUGUUCUCUAAUACUGGCAUCUGGGCUCAAAUUGCCAUGAACAGUAAUUUGAAGGCAAUUUCAACUUACUGUUUCUAAUUUGAAGAGGGAACAUUAAGAAUGCCUCUGUAAUACUGUAAUUAUGGGAAGAAAGCACCAGAGGCAACAUUUUAUCCUGAGCACCAGAUUUAGAUCCUGUUAAAGGGCUCAAACUUAAAAGGGCUGGCCGGGUGUGGUGGCUCACGCCUGUAAUCCCAGCACUUUGGGAGGUCAAGGUGGGAGGAUUGCUUGAGCCAGAAGUUUGAGACCAGCCUGAGCAACAUGGUGAAACCCUGUCUCUACCAAAAAUACAAAAAUUAGGCAGGCGUGGUGGUGCACACCUAUGGUCCUAGUUACUCGGGAGACUGAGGCAGGAGGAUCGUUUGAGCUCGGGGGUUAGGUCUGCAGUGAGCUAUCUAUGAUGGCACCACUGCACUUCAGCCUGGGCGACAGAGUGAGACCCUCUCUCAAAAAU